CGCCGGGGCAGAGGGCGGGCGGCGGUGGAUUGUCUAGUCUCCAGCACUGACCAGCAAUGCCAUCAGCUAUGGAGGGCUCGGAGGGGGGAGAAGAAGGGGACAUCCUGCGCUAUGAGGAAACAGAAGAUGACAAUGUCAGUCCCACCGACCUUUCAGAGCUGCUGAAGGAGGGGACCAAGGAAUCCCACGACCGUGCGGAGAACACUCAGUUUGUCAAAGACUUCCUGAAAGGACGGAUCAAGAAGGAGCUCUUCAAGCUGGCCACCGUGGCACUUUACUUCACGUACUCUGCUCUGGAAGAGGAAAUGGAUCGCAACAAGGACAACCCAGUCUUUGCUCCUCUGUAUUUCCCCCUAGAGCUUCACCGGAGAGAAGCGUUGGUCAAAGACCUGAAAUAUUUCUAUGGAGAAGACUGGAAAGAGAAGAUCCAGUGUUCAGAGGCAACUCAGCACUAUGUGGACAGAAUCCAUCAUGUGGGACAGCAUGAGCCAGAGCUGCUAGUGGCUCACGCUUACACACGCUACAUGGGAGACCUCUCAGGUGGCCAAGUGCUGAAGAAGGUAGCCCAGAGGGCCCUGAAGUUGCCCAAUACUGAGGAAGGGAUCCAAUUCUACAUGUUUGACAACAUUUCCAAUGCGCAGCAGUUCAAGCAGCUCUACAGAGCGAGGAUGAAUGCUCUAGACUUGGACAAGAACACCAAGGAAAGGAUCGUGGAAGAGGCCAACCAAGCCUUCAGAUUCAACAUGCAGGUAUUUGAUGAACUGGACAAGAUUGGCAGGUCGCUGACAGAAGAAGCCCAGGACGGAGGCUUUCCAGUCCACGAUGGAAAAGGAGACCUACGCAAAUGCCCUUACUAUGCAGACAAACUAGCAGGCAAGGCAGGACCCGGCUGCGCCUGUCACGCUGCCGUGGCCCUGGCAAAGCAGCCCCUAGUGCAGCUGAUCCUGGCGGCCUGCGUCGCUGUGGCAGCAGGAGCUGCAGCGUGGUACAUCAUGUGAUGGGGAGAGCGGCGCGUGGCUCUACGUGGUGGCAAGGGGAGAGGCGCGUGCCCUGUCCUCCUUCAAACUAUUCCCUUGCUGUUGGUGAGUUGGCUGCAGGGUGGAAGUAAGAAAAUAAACAGGAAUCCUGCGGGACUGUCAAAGACUCUUUGCACACCAGUAAUGCAAGCACUGUAAUACAAUGUCUUUAGCUGACUAGUGUACAGGACUGAUCCGGUGUGAGGGGGUGAGGAUUCCCCUUCAGCACUGCGCUACCCAGGCUGGGGCAGCUUUUAAGGCUAGAGAUGUCUUGUGCUGUAGUGGCAAAGGCUGCUUGGCUUUUCGUCUCCUUCCCAGGAGCAGUCGCUGGAGGGAGUUUUCUGCCCUGGGCUGCAACCCGAGCAUGUGUCAUCAGCCUUUUCAGUGAAGAGCACUCGGUUUCCUAUCGUGAGAAACUGAUGUUUCUGUAGUGCUGCAGUGGCUGUGGCGUGGGGCCGUGAGCUCAAAGGCGUGUCCUGUGUGUUGCGGUGUCCUAGGGACCAAGUUUAAUUUGUGUUGGAGGAAGCUCCCUGGGGGUGGGG